ACCCUCUUCGCCGCGCCGUGGCCGUCGCGCGCGUCGUGCCAUUUGCGUGCGCGCACGUGUGUACGUUGGUGUGUGUAUGGGUAGAUUUUUUUCCGGGUUUUUGAAAGACGGUGCACCACAAUGGUGAUCUCGCAGGAAAUUCUCUCGAGGGCGGAGGAAAUAGCCGACCAGGUGAUCCGCAAUGGCAAACAUGUGCUUCCAACAUUGGCACGAUUGUGUCUUAUUGCUACAUUCCUAGAGGAUGGUUUACGAAUGUGGUUCCAAUGGAGCGAACAACGAGAAUAUAUGGAUGCUUCUUGGGGCUGUGGAAAAUUCCUGGCUACUAUAUUUGUCCUUGUGAACCUUGUGGGACAACUCGGUGGAUGUAUCAUGGUGAUUGGCAGAUGGCGAGUCAGCAUAGCCUGCAGCAUCUUAUUUUUCAUCGUGAUCCUACAGACUAUUGCUUAUAGCAUUCUAUGGGACAUGCAAUUCUUAUUAAGGAAUCUGGCGCUGAUAGGAGCGCUUCUAUUGGUACUGGCUGAAUCCCGAGUUGAGGGUAGAUCACUGUUCGCUGGUGUACCUAGUCUCGGCGAUAACAAACCCAAAAAUUUGCUACAAUUAGCUGGUCGGAUUCUCUUGGCAUUCAUGUUCAUCACGCUGAUCCGCUUUGAACUAUCUUUUAUGCAGAUCGUUCAGGACAUUGUCGGCAGCAUUUUUAUGGUAUUAGUGACGUUGGGCUACAAAACUAAACUGAGCGCGUUAUUAUUCGUCAUUUUACUGACUUCAUUAAAUUUCUACCACAAUGCAUGGUGGACUAUUCCUGACUACAAACCGCUUAGGGAUUUUCUCAAAUAUGAUUUCUUCCAAACAUUAUCAGUCAUUGGUGGCCUUCUGAUGAUAGUCUCUCUAGGUCCAGGUGGUGUAUCGAUGGAUGAACAUAAAAAAGAAUGGUAGAAACAAUCCUACUUGGGGAUGUGGAAAAUGUGUCACUGGAUUAUUGUCAUGAAUUAUUAUGUCUCCCAUUUUUAUUCCUUUAUACGCUCAAAAAAAUCCUAGUUAAAUCAUGCAUUAAAUGAAGAAACUCAUUGCAUCGACAUCACCGGUCUAGGGUGAUGAUUUUAGUUUGAUUAAUCAUUUAAUCAAGGUCCAUAUUUUAAUACUGCGACGAAAACACUCGAAACUUCGAGAUGAUCAGUAAAACUAUCCAUGAUAUUUUAGAAUAUAAAGUAGACA